CUACUUCGUCCAGAAGAGGUUGAAAUUCUUGUCUGUGGCAGUCCUGAACUGGAUAUGUCUGCUUUACAGCGAAGUACCCAAUAUGAGGGCUACCAAAAAACUGAUCUUACUAUACGAUACUUUUGGGAUGUAGUACUUGGAUUUUCUCUUGACCUUCAAAAGAAGCUGCUACAUUUUGCUACAGGAAGUGACAGAGUACCUGUGGGAGGAAUGGCUGAUUUGAAUUUCAAGAUUUCAAAGAGUGAAACAUCCACUAAUUGGUUACCUGUGGCCCAUACGUGCUUCAACCAGCUUUGUCUCCCUCCUUACAAGAACAGGAAGGAACUGAAGCAAAAGUUGAUCAUUGGAAUUUCAAAUGCAGAGGGGUUUGGUCUAGAAUAAAAUUAAAUACUUCAAGAACAGCAUUUUUAUGUAGCAUUCACUCUCUUCUAAUUGUGCCUUUAAGCUUUUUGUUGUUUUGUCUCUUGAUACUGUGCCAGUCUUACCCAACUUAGUUGGUUUGGUUUUUUUUUUUUUUUUUAAUUAAAUAUGGAGUAUAUGUUUUUUCCUGGAUGGCAAUACAUUUACUGCUUGCUUUGUCACAGAAAGUAGCUUUCUUCA